CCAAUUGAGGCUAGCAGCGAGUACAAGGCUAUUGUGUAUUGUGAGAAUAGGUUGCUGUUACUACCUUCAGAGUUCGGCAACUCUACGCCGUUUGCAUACGGUGCUUCCUUGAACCCCAAUGACAACCCGGAGUCCAUCUCUAGAAUUGUGUUGGAGAGAAAUGUUCUGCAAAAGCUAGACUUCAGAACAGCGUAUCUUGUUCUUAUCUACAUCUUGAAUCAGAUGGAUCGAAGUAACGCUGUCGCUGCAAGGCUUCGUGGUUUCGAGGAAGACCUCGGCAUGGAGGGUAGGCAGUUCAAUACAUUGAUCAGCAGUUUAUACAUUGGUUAUUUUUUCACGCAAAUACCUUCAAAUAUGAUUCUCACUCGCAUAGCGAAACCAUCGCUGUAUUUAUCGAGCUGUAUGUCGCUAUGGGGUCUCCUGACCACUCUCAUUGGAAUAUCCACGAAUUACUACCAAGCACUUUCCUUACGCUUUCUGGUGGGAUUUUUAGAGGCCACCUUCUAUCCUGGCGCUGUCUAUUUGCUUUCAAGAUGGUAUAAACGAGAAGAGCUUGGAUACAGGACCGCAUUCCUCACUGCAGGAAUUGGAGUUAGCAAUGUUUUUGGUUCUUUGUUUGCCUCUGGAAUUCUGGCGACCAUGGAAGGGUUUCUCGGCUAUGCUGCCUGGAGGUGGCUGUUUUUCAUAGAGGGCUAUUUAACAGUUUUGGUCGGCAUCUGUGGGAUGUUCAUACUUCCCAAUUAUCCUUCUGGCCCUGCGAGUUGGCUCACUCCCGCAGAGCAUGCUCUUGCUCGAAAGCGGAUGGAGGAGGAUUCAGAAGGUCAUGGUGUCGCUGAGCCUACGUCGUCCGGCGGCUUUUCCGACGUCCUUUCAUUGAUGACAGAUUGGAGGGCGUGGUUGGUUGGUACGGCAUCGUGUUGCUGUACUACAUCUAUGUCCUUUAAUAUGUUCUUUCCGACAUUGGUGGCCACAAUGGGGUACUCGCCUACCAUUAGUCUUUUGCUAUGUGCACCACCGUGGAUUGCGAGCGCAAUCACUGCAGUUAUUAUUGCACGUCAUUCUGAUGCGACGCAUGAACGCUUCGGGCACGCGACCUUUGCGUUGUCGAUGUUAAUUACGGGAUAUAUUCUGGCUAUGUCUACGAUGAAUACUACCAUUCGCUACCUCUCAUUGUUUCUUAUGCCUCAGUCGCAGGUCUCAAAUACCAUCUUGUUAACGUGGAUCAGUAACACAUUCGCUCGUUCCAGCUCCAAGCGAGCAGCUGCGAUCGGGUUCAUCAACUCCAUUGGAAUGUUGGGAAGCAUUGUAGCUCCAUACAUCUGGGUAUCAAGCUGGGGCCCAACAUAUAACAGCUCGUGCCGCAUCUGCGUCGCGCUGGCCAGCAUAGCUAUAAUACUGUCUUGGGUCUUUAGGCGGCAUCUUGAGCGAUUGAACGAAGCUUCUGAAGCGGAAGAGCGUGAACUGCGCCUUCCCAAAGGUUAUAGGUACAUAUUGUAGCUUGUAGAGUGUAGUAGUGACCGUAGAGGUCGUAAUCUUUAAUAUUGAUCUCACCUGUAUCGUCUGUGUUAGUCUACCAGAGUAGAACCUCACUAACUAGUGUCUAGUGUUCGCG